AUGAAGACCAAAUACGAAUGGGGCCGAAUGGUAAUUAAAGACAAACGAAUGAACAAGCCACAGAAAGAGAACAAAUCCUUGAAAAGUGUUUUGGAAACUACAGAAGUAGAUUCACUAGUUGAAGCAGCAGAGAUAAUUGAGUAUGACUUUUCGCAGAAUACAUCAAUAAAAGCACUCACACAAAUAGAAGGAAAGGAAGGAAUUAAAAUACCGCAGAAGCCAAAAGAGACACUAGACAGAGAAGAGUACAAAAAUGAAGAAAGAAAGGCAUUUAAUGAGUGGAAACUAAACAUGAAUGCACUGCUGAACACAAAAGGAUCGAUCACACCGUACGAGAGAAAUAUUAAUGUAUGGAGACAGCUUUGGUUCACAGUAGAGCAGAAUGAUCUGAUUGUGCAAAUUGUUGAUGCAAGGAAUCCUUUGCUAUUUUACACAGAAGACAUUCUUAAAAUUGCGCCAACCAAGAGGCACUUCCUGCUUCUCAACAAAUCUGAUCUUCUAACAGAGAAGCAGAAAAGCGAAUGGAGUGCAUACUUUACAGACAGAAGGAUGGAGCACUUCUUUUAUUCAGCAGUGGAAGAUAAUUCAGACGAGCUGCUUAAGGCAUGGGAUGCAAUGAUAAAGGACGGAGUGAAGACCAUAGGAAUGAUUGGGUACCCGAAUGUAGGUAAAAGUUCUACAAUUAACUCGCUAUUCAAGAAGCAAGUGGUAAAGACAAGCAUUGUACCAGGAAAGACAAAAAAUGUGCAGACCUUGCAGCUGGAGAACAUGGUCAUUUGUGACUGCCCAGGGCUUGUGUUCCCUACUUUUGUAGCGCAGAAGCAAGAUCUGCUUUUAAACGGAAUUCUAUCGCUUGAUCACACAAGAGACAUAAGAGACUGUUUGCAGCUAAUAGUUGAGAGAAUAGGGAUAAGAAGGCUAUGCUACCUGACAAAGGUCAUUGAAUUUGUGAAUGACUCAAGAAGAACAAUUGAAGAGAACUAUUUGCACUACCUCAAAAAAGCAACAGGAUGCGCAGAGGAAGGAAAACUCAUAAAGAUGGUUAUAAAGGAGUAUAUAAAGGGGACCAUUCGUUAUGUCCACCCAGUCCCAGGAAUGGACCCAUUUUCAUUUAAUGAAAAUAAUCACAGAGUACCUGACAGUUAUGUCAUAAAUUCAGCACUAGACCACUCCUGGUACAAGGACAAAAAACAAGAGCAGAUAAAGGAAGAGGCAACUGAGAAGCUAAAGAAAGAUCUUUUAUACACAAAGAAGCACUAUUUAAAGAAAGGUCUUGAAAGAGUCUUCAAAACAAAAAGAUAG